GUGGAGCGGUGACGAGCGCAGGUCUCCCUGAGCUGAAAGCAGUGCAGGGCUCGGGGCGCUGGUACCAAUACCGACACACGCUGAGAGGGGGGAAUCCCGGACUGACAGCUUCCAGUCUCCCCACACUUCCUGCCGGCACACACCAUGGAGAACCAGUCUGCGGAGCUGGGCAUCACCAAUACCACCCUGUCCCGAUUCCUGGACGGACACUUCUGGGCUAUGAAGAAUGAGCUGCGGAGGCAGAUUGCUGGGAACCCCCUCUUCCAGCAGAGAUAUGACUUGAGUCUGGAUGAGAUGAGGGACCUGACAGUUGAAAGAGUUAAGUUUGCCAUGAGUUUACCACUAGUUCAAAGUGCGUUUCUGGAAAUGAUUGAUAAAAAGAAAAACUUCAUCAACAAAAGUUUGAUUAUUGGAGAAGUUCUUUGUACAGCUGAUAUGACAACUGGAGUAAAGUGUGGAGUAGUCUGCUGGUUGUUCGGUGGAGCAGUGAUGAAUCUUGGAAGUCCUGACCACAUACAGAAAUGGUUUCUUCCCCUAAAGAGCCAGGCCUUCACAGGGAUGUUUGCAAUGACAGAACAAGGACACGGUAGUAAUGUUCGAGGGAUACUCACAGAGGCUGUUUUUGAUCCAGUUGUACAGGAGUUUAUAAUUAAUACGCCGAAUGAAAAUGCAGACAAGAUGUAUAUUGGUAAUGCAAUGAAAGGAAAUCAUGCAGCAGUAUUUGCACAACUAAUCAUAAAUGGAAAAUCUCAAGGACCACACUGUUUCAUUGUCCCAGUCCGCGACCAAAAUGGGAAAAUGUAUCCUGGAGUGGAAGCUGUUGAUAUGAUGUACAAAGAAGGUUUACAUGGUGUAGACAAUGGAAUUCUAAAAUUCAAACACGUUCGAAUCCCAAGAGAAAAUCUUCUGGACAAGUUUGGCUCCGUGUCUCCAGAUGGAAAAUACCAUUCCCCUAUUGAAAACAAAAGUGCUAGAUUUAAUGCUAUGCUUGCAGCUCUUACUCCGACCAGAUUAGCGCUGACAUUUCAAGCUUUGGGAGCAAUGAAGCUUGGAUUGACCAUAGCCAUUCGAUAUAGUCACAGUCGAAGACAGUUUGGUCCUAAAGAUAAAGAAGAAGUAAAGAUAAUUGAACACCAAACCCAGCACUUUCGAUUGAUGCCACAUUUAGCCACAGCAUUGGCAUUAAUAUUUACAAGCAGAUAUGCAGGUGAAAUUCUUGAUGAAGAUGUCUACCACAACAGGGACCUUGUAAAUAAUCGGCCUUUACAGGCCCUGGUUGCCGGCCUGAAGGCCUACAGCACAUGGGAGAACUUGGCAUGUCUACAAGAUUGUCGGGAAUGUACUGGAGGAAUGGGAUUUAUGAUGGAAAAUCGCAUUCCUGGCCUUAAGUGUGACUCUGACGUCUUUGUGACAUUUGAAGGAGACAAUGUUGUCAUGUUACAGGUUGUGGUGAGAGAACUCUUGGCGCAAUAUUCUAGACAAUAUGAGGAGAGCCCGGUGUUUGGUCUUCUUAGAAAUUGGAGUAGUUCUUUUGGGGACAAACUACGGACGAGUUUUUGGGCAUUCAACACAGACAAAAUUAGUAACUUGACUUUCCUCCUGAAAGCCGUUAAUUAUCGGGAAAGAGUUCUCCAACGUGGAUUAGCAGCCAGACUUUAUCAGAAGGUAAUGUCACAGAAGGAAGAGUUUUUUACUGCGUGGAAUUCAUGCCUCCACCAUGUUGUUACUCUGGCAUUGGCACAUAUACACAGAGUGACAUUGGAGCAGUUCUCAUUAGCGGUGAAAGCGUGUCCUGUGCCAGAAGAUCAGAGCCUGCUAAUGGAGUUUUGCCUGUUAUAUGGGACGAAGAUUGUGUACCAGGAGAGAGCUUGGUACCUUGAGCAUAAAUAUCUCACACCAGCAAGCAGCACACAGAUCAGAAAUCAACUUCUAGAUCUCUGUCGGGUGGUGAAAGAUGACUCCUUGAAGGUUAUCUCAGCAUUUAACAUCCCACACAAUUCCAUCCAGGCACCCAUUGCUGGCAUCCCCAACCCUAGAGCCAAGUGGGCAUACUAUCCCCAACCAAGCCUAGAGGAUAACGGGGGAAGCAGGGCGGCAAACAAGAUGAAUGCCAAGCUGUAAACAUAAAUCUUGGAACCCGGGAAGAAAUUCGAACUGAAAAAUGUAUGCUUUUAUACCUCCUGGCUUACCAAUACAGGCAAUAAUGUGAUAAAUCACUUUUAUAAUGGACAUAUCAUCCUUAUCGUAAUUUGGGAUCUUUAAACUGAUAUACAGUUUACAGCUACUGUUUGUGAACUGUGAAAUUUGUGGCUAAUUUAAAAUUUCUAGGAGUGAGUUGAAAGCUAUUUUUUGAUGAGAAGAAUGCAAUAUACAAAAUCUGAAUACCACUAUUUUGCUUUAUCAUUACUGUGUGUUUUGUAAGUGUAAUGCAUAGUUAAAGUGAUUAGCCAGGAAAUACUUUGAGGUGGCCAAAAAUGUUAGCACUAGAUGGAGUGCAACUAGUUGGAGGCCAAAUUGUUGACAUGGUCUAAUUUUGAAAGACUUUGAAUGAAACUUAAUGUAGAUGACAUUGUAACAUUCCCUAAAUUAAACGUGGACAUUUUGAACUAAUGAAUGUAUAGGAGGAGAUCUCAUUUCAGGAAUACAUUUACAAUCUGGUGUAACAUGGGGUGUACAGUACAGUUACAUACAAUCCUUGCACGCAUUGCCAGACCUCAGUGGGAAAUCACAUUGACAGACAAUGGAAACCAAAACACUUUAUGUGGGCAAAUAUUUUGAACCAGCAGUGUGAAAAGGAAUGCACAGAUUUUGUCCAAAACAGUUAAAAAAAAAAAAAAAAUAAAAAAAGUCUACUGAUCUAGAAGAAUUCCAUUAUGUUGUUAUGCAGCAAUGCAUUGUAAUGUUUUAGUCCUAAUUAACAAACUGGGUUUGAAAAGCUGCUGGCUGUCUACCACUUAGGUGGUGGCAUGGCUGUACUUGUAAAAUCAGUGGAACUUUUUAUGUCAUACAUCAUUGCUGUAUACUACAGUUUCAUAGCCGGUGAGAUGAUUUAGCUGUAAUAAAUGAAGUUUGUGUUUAGCAUUUAAAGUAUAUGUCCCUCCUAAUAUUCACUGGGAAAUUUACUAACGUGUGAAUCCAAAGUGAAUUUCACAUUUUAGGGCAAGAAUUGUCUGUUUCCUAAAACAAUUGACACAUUUGUGAAGAUUCCGAUCAGUUUGAAUGCUGUAAUGUGACCCAUUUACUGACAAGUUACAGUAAAAUGAUGAACUAUAUGUUCCCUGAUUGAUGUUUAAUAAAUUAGAUUUGAACAUGGGAAGCAUUUUGUUUAUCAAUAUAAAAUGCAGAGUUGGAAUAAAUUAGUUCAUUUUAUUAUAUUAUAUAUAUAUUAUUAUAUAUACAAUACCAGAUCCACAGUGCAUCCUCACUACAUUAUAAUUAGCAUCACGUUAUGGUAAUUCUUCUGUUUCAUGGGAAAAUACAUGAAUGACGUUAUUACAAUAAUAAAUAAUCCCCACAUUUAAAUUGUUAGAAAAUGUUGGUGCUAAUAGGAAAUAACAUGUCUAUAAACGAAAGUUAAAUCGUGUUUUGCUACUGUUUAAAAUGAUAAAUAUUUUGCCAAAUACAGGUUAAUUCAAAUAUGCAAAUAAAGUAAGAAUGGAUACAAAAAUACAGUGCUGCUCAUUUUAAUUUUAUUAUAUUGGUUCGUGACAUAUACUCUACGUCAUGUUUUUAAU